AAAGCAGCUCCAACAAACACAACGCUCAGCUUCAUCGGGAUUCAUUCCUCGAACUCGAACUCGAAGUUUUGAAGGAUCAUUGAUGUUACAAAUUGGCUGAAACCUAUUAUUUCGAGUUCCAACUCUGCUAUCGUUCUCCCCAUCGAAUCCAACUGGUGUUCCGAUAAGGGUACUUGCCGAAGGCCGCACUGGUCAGCAUUCUUUGAUGCAGGAAUGAUGGCUCCCCCUUUGGACCCCCGCGACCCCCGCGACCUCCACGAUCGCCCAUGGAAACGCCGUUCCUCUUCCGUCUCCGCCCCAUACUUCCGCCUUCCUCGACGCAGUCGCCGCGCAACCUACAUCUGCUGGACGGUUGUGGUAUUUGUACUCUAUUUCGUUCUCAGUUCGGCAACACAAUGGUCACAUGUGCCGGAUCCGAGAUCUUUCUACAGCAGGGGUGGCGACGUUCCGAUCCAGUACUCUCAUUUAUAUGCUAGCCUUUCAAAGAUUACGGGCGGUGGAAACAGAGCUUGGAAUAGGAAUGUACUAUUCGCAGCAGGGAAUCUAGAUGCGGCUAGCAAGCUUGCCGGAAUUGCCUGCGAGAUGUCCAUGUAUGGGAGGAGCAAUGUCCAUUUUGCACUAAUAGGCGAUAACGACAUGGAUAUGGAGCGCUUCCGGGAGUUCAAUGGAAUUACAGAGGAGAACACCGACUGCAGGGCAAUCUUUCAUGAUGCCCGCGCUGAUUUUACGGAGUUGAUGUCUGUAGAACGAAAGAAGCUUGUUGUCAGAACGGCGCUCAGGCAUCUAAGGGACUUUAUGCACCCGCAAGUGCUAAUAAUGUCAGCGGAGCACGAGGACGGCUGGUUCAGUACCACUUUAACGGAUACGGCAAAAAAAUUACGGGUGCCCACAAUCGAGCUCCCGUGGGGCCCCGCAGACGGUCUGAGAUGGAUUACUAGGCUUGACAGCGGCUCUUUAAGUGGUAAGUUGCAUAUAUGCUUCCUACAAGCCUCAUUCUACCUCUACUUUCGCGCGAAAAGGAUUGGCUUACGAAAUUUGUGUUUACCUUUCUAGCAUGGCAUAAACCCAACUUCGAGAUAGUUAUACAUGCAGACAAACACUCUGGAAACUUGGAACGUCUUCUCAAGUCUUUAGAAUCCGCAUUCUACCCGACUGCUCAUCACCGACCCAAGAGUUUAACUGUCAUCCUCAAUCCCUCUGUCCCUCUCCAUCCGUUUACCAAAUCAUUCCUUUCACGCUAUUCUUUCCCUUCCCCGAGCAGAACAUUCAUCAGACGACCUCUCACCGCCCCUAAGAAUCCACUCGAGUCCGCGAAGCAGUACAUUGAAUCCUUCUAUCCAGAUAGUGACGACACAUCCGUCCUAGUUCUUGACUCUAAUGCUGAGGUUUCAAAAUGGUACUAUCAUUACCUCCUAUUCACAACGCUAGAAUACAAAUACUCCUCCUACCAGUAUCACGAUACCGCUUCGCUCUUUGGUGUUUCACUUGAAGAACCACCUUCAUAUCUGAACGGAAGCAGUCCCUUCAACAUUCCUGCUCUAUCAAAAGGAAGCCAGCCGUCACCAUUCCUGUACCCAGUUCCGAAUACCCGAGCCGCCCUAUUCUUUCCAAAAUACUGGAGCGAAUUUCAUACUUACUUCUCAAAAAACCUACUUCACCCCCACAAAUCCUCGCCCUCCGAGAAUGAUACCGAGCCCGUACCCUUUCCGUUGAGUGACAUGGCAGCAAAUUCUUGGAUAGCCCCAAUAUUGGACAUCAUUCGGGCACGAGGCUAUGUAAUGCUUUAUCCAGCGUUCGCUUACGAGUCGCUCGCGAUUGUGCACCACGAACAGCCAUCAUACACCCGCUCGAUCCGAGGAGGGGGGAGGAGAACCGUCAAGGAGAAACCCCUUAUGGAGAAAAACAACCUCCUGGACUCACUCCCGAAUGGCGAUCUACCGGUAUAUAACAGUGAACUGCCCCUAAUAGAUUGGUGGGGCAGGCCUGCCCUGUGGGAUUGGCUAGAGCUGGACGCGCUUAACUACAGGAAGUACAUCUCGAAUUGUAAGGUGGAGGAUACUGGGUUGCCAUGGAUGGUCCACAAUGUUGACGACAUAUUUUGCGAUACCGACGGGAAUAGUUUGGAAUGAGUGUUUGAGUUAUGUUUGAAGGACGGGAAGGAGGGAAGAUUUUAUAGAGGAUAUGGACGACGUCGGCGUGUACGGAACUAUUGGCGUUAUUUGGCUAAAAACAUUUUUUGCGUUCUGAUAUCACGAUUUAGUCUUCGUUAGCCCCCCUUGACACUGCCCUUCACGUUUGUACGAGUACAUUCUUUUUCACUUGGGUAUCGGGAUAUAGUCUUGUAAUGGUUUUGACGCAUAAUAUGGUUUGAAGAGUUUCAAUCAGUGUUUCCAAUCGUCCAGUCGGACGGCACUAGGGCCACCCACUCGAAUAGUCUAAUAUUUUUUGCUUCAGGAACUCUGGGGGGCUACGAACAGGGAGGGCAUGUUUCUACAAAUACAUAAUAAUCGCAGAUUGAGCUCUCUCCAUAAUGUUUCCCUGCUGCGGUUGUACAUAUGUAGCCGAGCCGAAGCUGGGCACCUAAGCUGGGGAUUCCCAUAUCAAGAGACC